GAUGCAGAGGCUUAUGCUCACCUUUUAAAUGUUCUUGCCCCUGAGCAUAGUAAUACAUCUACAUUGGCUGCUAAAGAUCCUUUAGAAAGAGCCAAGUUAGUUCUUGAACAUGCCGAUAAAAUGGGUUGCAGGAGAUACUUAACUGCAAGAGAUAUCGUGGAAGGUUCUCCGAGCAUAGGCUUGACUGGACUAUUCUGCCCAUUUGUGUUAUUUGGACGUAACGUUGAAAACUUGAACGCUGAUAUCUCUCAAAGGGCUGCCUGUGUUGGUCAUAUCAUAUGUGUCGAAGGUGGUAUGACAUUUGCUGCAUUUACAUCAGUUCUUAAUGGCAUUGAUCCGCAGACAUUAUUUCUCAUUUAUGAGGGUCUGUUCUUUGCUUGGUGGAUGUGUGGAAUCUAUACCAGAAUGGCUCGGCAAUCAUUGCAAAGAAAGUAUCAUCUAAAGGUGAUCUGAAUUGCAUUAUUAAAGGCUUAUUACUUAAAUUUUUUUUUUUUUUUUAAGACUUGAAUUUUUUAGUACAGUGUAUUUAAGGAUGGAUAAUGGAUAAUGUCUAUUAUAAAUUUAAUUAAUUUGUUAAUUUUGUUAUUUUUCAUUAAUAAAAAAUUGUUUGGUGC